AUGAACGUAAGUGAUGCACAAGAUAAAACAUUUAUUGAGGAUUAUGAUAAGGCGAUAGAGCUAUUUGAAGAAAUAGAGAUAAACCCUUCAAAACAUAAAUCGUAUUCGAACUGGUCUCCCUCAAAGAAUCUGGAACAUACAAUAUCAUUAUCAACCGUCAAUGAGAAGACGAUUUCCAACGGUUGGGUUUGGGGUGAAAUUAAUGACGAUUUGAAGUAUGGUUGGGGUGGAAUUGAUGAAAGUGGAUCGUGGGACAAUGUAAGCCAACAGGAAAAGGUCUCAAAUGUGGAGCCCAUGCAGUCCUCUACUCAAAAGCCAAUAGAAGUGGUGUCGAAAAAUACUUCCUCAUUUUCUCAUUUCCCGUGCAAUGUCGAGACGACUCGCUUCAGGGCAGAGAAUAUCGAGCAGAUUAACGAAAUCGUCAAUCACCUACAAAAUGAUGACUUUAUAGUGUACGGCAAUUGGUUAUGCCAAUGGCCACGGAAGUGCGGUAAUGGAAACGAAUGGCAAAUUAAAUAUUCUCGUGAAUCCCUUAAAACGUAUCUAAAGCUUUCUCUUAGACUUCAACACGAAUUUUUCACUAAACCAUGCGAAAAAUGCAAAAACAGGAGCCUGAUCACGAGCUUCUUUUUGUACGACAGACCACCAAGGCGUCCAAACAGUGAGCCCACUGUCGAGAUCAUCUGUCACCUAGAAUGGAACAAUCACUAUAGAGUGAUCGCCGAAUGGGCAUGCGAAACGUAUUCUCAUAAAUGGCAUAGUUCUUACACUUGGAUAUCACUCCAAAAGUUUAUAGAGCAAACUCCAGCAGAUUUUUUGAGUCCAAACGAUUUUUACAUGCAAAAGUGCUUUGAUUGCAAAAACGGUUGCGCGGAAGAGAAAUGCAUAAGGAUGCGCAGAAAAUGCAAUGAAUGCAAGAAGAAACGCGAACGAUGCUCUGCAUGCCGUUAUAGGCGCAGGAUGUACCAAGGUUGCAAGGAAUGCGAUCAUGACGGAAUCAUCUUGAAUUAUGAAACUUUAGUACAUUGUAAUGGUAAAAGAUCUCAUAAAGAUGAAAUAUGUGCAAAGUGUCUGGAAGGUGUGAGAUGUACUCAAACCGACUACCACCACCGUACUCAGCGUAAACGAUAUAUUAACUUAUUAAUUUGA